GCUGCAGCAAAACCAGCUUUCUCAGCUCCUGGGUUCUGGGGCCUGUCUCAACAACAAGAAACCCCCAAACAGCAAACGGAUCCCAGCAGGGGGAACACCGGUGCAGCAGGCCAGCGGUUUCCUCCCCCACUCCGCCCCCCAUUCCCUGGGCUCUCCCAAAGUUACAAACUGACGGUGCCGUUCAGCCAGUCACAGCCCUGGAAUUUCCCAGGAGCCAGGGGAGCAUGGAAUUUGGACUUUCCUGAACAACUGAAGUGGAGCGCGGAGCUUGCCCGGCCCAGGAGAGCACCAUGGAUGGCGAACCCGGGGGCAGCAAGCCCCCGAGGGCGGGCGACUCUCCGGACAUCAGGCUCCUUUCCAACCCAUUGAUGGGGGAUAUUGUGUCGGAUUGGUCGCCUGUGCACGAGGCAGCCAUUCAUGGACGUCUGCUGUCUUUGAGGAACCUUAUCAGCCAGGGGUGGCCCGUGAACCUCGUCACGGCAGAUCGUGUGUCCCCGCUCCAUGAAGCCUGUCUCGGAGGUCAUCCCUCCUGUGCAAACAUUUUAUUGAAGCAUGGAGCUCAGGUGAAUGGUGUUACUACAGACUGGCAUACGCCCUUGUUUAAUGCUUGUGUCAGCGGCAGCCUGGACUGUGUGAAUUUGCUUCUGCAGCACGGAGCCAGCCCCCACCCUGCGAGCGAUCUGGCAUCCCCCAUGCACGAAGCUGCUAAGAGAGGCCACGUGGAGUGCAUUGAGUCCCUUGCGGCUCACGGGGGCGACGUUGACCAUAACAUCGGCCACCUGGGCACCCCAUUAUAUUUGGCUUGUGAAAACCUGCAGGUGGCCUGUGCCAAGAAGCUUCUGGAAUCAGGAGCGAGCGUGAACCGAGGCCGGGGGCUGGACUCCCCUCUGCAUGCGGUGGCCAGGGCGUCCAGUGGGGAGCUGGCCUGCCUGCUCAUGGACUUUGGAGCAGACACCCAGGCCAGGAAUGCUGAAGGCAAACGUCCCUUGGAGCUGGUGCCUCCAGAGAGCCCCCUGGGCCAGCUCUUCUUGCAGAGAGAAGGGCCCCCUUCUUUGAUGCAGUUAUGCCGCCUUAGAAUUCGGAAGUGCUUUGGGAUCCAGCAGCAUCAUAAGAUCACCAGACUCAGCCUCCCCGAGGAGCUAAAACGGUUUCUCCUCCACAUUUAAGUGUGUCAAGGGAAUGGUGCCACAAACAACAGACAAACGUUGAGUGUUGAGGCCAUUGGGAUUCUAAAAUAAAGUCAGGUUUAUACAGUU